AUGCGAAUUGAUGAACUGGCUGUGGAUCCGUACGCAAAUCGCAAGCUACGCAAAAUUAUCGAUGCCCUGUCCUACGAUGUAUACAGUCAGUGGGUAAAGAAGGGCGAGGAACAGAAUCGAGCUGCUUUGUUUGAGAACGCACCUCGUCGUGAUCUGAUCGAGCCACCGAGCAAAAACGAUGAAGAGGACGAUUUGUUCUACAGUCUCUAUCGAGGUGACACAUUGGACUACAAUGCCUAUGAUCUGGACGACGAGGAGGAUAUGCGGGCUCCCAUUCGUGUCGACUACUAG